UCGGCACGACUCAUUUCGUAUCAGUCAGUGUACUAGUAAACAUCAGACAUGCCACCGAAAACCAGCGGUAAAGCGGCUAAGAAAGCAGGCAAAGCCCAGAAAAAUAUUUCAAAGGGCGACAAGAAGAAGAAACGUAAGCGCAAGGAGAGCUAUGCCAUUUAUAUUUACAAAGUCUUGAAACAAGUCCAUCCUGACACGGGCAUUUCGAGCAAGGCGAUGAGCAUCAUGAACAGCUUUGUGAAUGAUAUCUUCGAGCGUAUAGCGGCCGAGGCAUCGCGUUUGGCUCACUACAACAAACGCUCUACAAUCACUAGUCGGGAAAUUCAGACAGCAGUCCGGCUAUUGCUACCAGGCGAGUUGGCCAAACACGCCGUCAGCGAAGGUACUAAGGCCGUAACCAAGUACACCAGCUCGAAAUAAAAUGAUGAAGAUUUUGUGAUGCCACUUAUAUGUUCUGUCGACAAUAACAAAGGCCCUUCUCAGGGCCCACAAAUAUUU